AACACGAAGAAGAAGAAGCGCGGCCUGUGUACUUCCGGUUAGCAAAGAUGGCUCAAGGCUCACAGAAGUUUAAAGCUCAGCGACCAGGAGCCAACAAGAAACACCAACAAAACAAACAGAAAGGGCCGAAGAAAGGAGGAAGGACCAUAGCACCAAAAAAGGCUCAGGUGGUUCAACAACAGAAGCUGAAGAAGGGCUUAGAGGUUGCCAUCAGGAACAAGAUUGAGAAGGAGGUGACCCAGAAGGCAAGCUUGUCCCUCCACAAGCCACUGAGUGUGGUUAAAGGGCCUGAAGGUAAAGGUAAAGGCAAGCCAGGAGAACCCCGUCCAGGAACCAGCUCCAAAUAGGAGCUGAUAGACAACUGAACAGCUACACACCAGAGGAUGAAUGUUUUGAUAUUAAAGACUUAGUCAUGGGAUCACUGAGCCCAUGGCUCAGAUGUAACAUA